CAGCAACAACAGCAGCAUCAUCAGCAGCAGCAGCAGACAACAGUAACAACAUAAUGACAACAACAAAAACAACAGCUACAGACAAACAACAUAAGACAAUACCCGCAUCUCAUCACAUGGCUCAUUUGGCACCGCCACCAGCACCACAGCACCACCAACAGCACCACCAGCAACAUCAUCAGCAACAGCAACAGCAUCAGCAACAGCAACAGCAACAGAAACAACACCAGCAUCAGCAUCACUAUCAACAACAAACAGCAACACACAGCAGCAACACAUACGAAAUGUUGUACUCCCACAACCAACAAUCGCACCGCCCGCACCCGCCGCCAAUAGAGCUGCGUGCAACACAACCAACAUCGGCAUCAGUUGCAGCUGUAGCCGCAGCAGCAGCAGCAGCAGCAGCAACACGCCAGCAACAGGAGCAACAGCGUCAACUAAAGAAGCGACAGCACGCUAGCAGCGGCAGUGGCAGCAGCAGCGCUGCCAGCAGCAACAACAGCAACUGCAACAAGAGCAGCCGUACCGCUGCUCAGCAGAUGGCUGAGGCGGAGCACGCCUAUUUGUCCACGCUCUAUGGCAAGGCAGCAGCCAAUAUGCUCAGUCCGCCGCUGAGCGGAGCUUCUGUUGCUGCGCAGCAGGAGGCGCGUCGCAGCAGCGCCUUCGACUGGAGUCUGGGUACGCAUCAGCAGGAUGUGGCCGCCACACGGCACCAGCAACAGUUGCAGCAGCAACAGCAACAGCAACAGCAGCAACAGCAACAGCUGCAGCAGCAGCACCAGCAACAGUUGCAGCAACAACAACAACAGCAACAGCAGCGUGCGCGUCGGGCUGCACCAAUAGAGACGGCCAGCACGCGUGUCGCCGCAGCAGCCGCCGCAGCAGAGCGUCAGCAGCGGCAGGCGAUCAUGCAUCGGCGGCAUAGCAUUUGUGCCGCUGGCAUUGCCAGCCUGUCGCCCGCCUCGUCCACGCACUCGUCGUCGACGGCCGCGUCGCCAACGGCCGCUGCUGCGGCUCUGGCAGCGGCCUCCUAUUAUGGCGCCUUCUCAGCGCCCUAUCAUCAUAUAAAUGCGGCGGCAGCGGCAGCGGCAGCAGCAGCGCACCAUCAUGCACAUGGGCAGCCAUCGCCGACGAUUUAUCCGCCGACGCCGCCGCCGUCAGCGCCCUGGGUGCAUCCCUGGUAUGCGGGCGAUGCCUUCUGAGAGGACACGCGCGCACGCCUGCACUCACGCACGCACGCACGCAUAUGAUACCAUGUAAAUUAAUAGACUAUGCCUAAGUUAUUUAUUAAUUUCUUUCGAGAUAACCAUUUUUUUUUUUUUCUUUUUUUUUUUUUUUUUUUUUCAUAGCUUGUAAGUAGGUUAACUAAUUUUCUGGGCAUAAUAUGCCACAAAAAGUAAAAUUAAGAAUAAAUGGUUAUUGAUAGUUACACGAAGCGAAAUAAAUAUAUCUAAAUAUAUAUAUAUAUAUUAUAUAUUAUAUAUUAUAUAUAUUAUAUGUAUAUGUAUCGAUGACAACACGAACGCUAAAACCAAACAAACUAUCGUUAAUUUUGCUAUUUCGUUUGUGUUGAAAACAAAAGCAAAACAAAAUUUCAAACUGAGAACUCAAAGAACUGAUUACAUUAAAGCAAACAACUUUAACAAACCAAACGAAAACAAAAUAACUUUAGUAUUCUUCAAGGUCAACACACACUCACACACACACUCACAAAAUAUUGAAAAGUUCGUGCGCACUGUCCGAUCAUAAUAGCAAAAAAAAAGGAAGAAGAAGAAAAAUAAAAACAACAAAUA